AGGCGCGAUUGCGUGGCGGAGGUGGAGCUGGAGGCCGCCUGGGGAUUUUAGGAAGACGGAGCUGCCGCCAUUUUGCAAGGUUUUUGUCGCAGAGGCUGGAGAGUUAAGACGGUGGGUUGGCUUCAUUGCUCGGCAAAGGGCCUUUUGCUUUAGCAGAGAUGCGGCAUUCCAAAAGAACUCACUGCCCUCAUUGGGAUGGUAGAGAGCGCUGGAGCCAUGAAAGCUACAGUGGAAGCCACAAACGGAAGAGGAGAUCCCACAGUAGUACACAAGAGAACAGACAUUGUGAACCACAUCACCAGUUUAAAGAAUCUGAUUGAUGUUCCGUUGGGACUGUUUACCAGAUUGCUUUCUAAAUUAGCCAGCUGGGGUUACUUUAAAAAACAUCAUUAUUUAGAAGCAAGAUCCUUGAAUGAGAGAGAUUAUCGGGACAGGAGAUACAUUGAUGAAUACAGAAAUGAGUACUGCGAAAGAUACGUUCCUAGGCAUUAUCACAGAGAUGUUGAAAGCAGUUACCGAAUUCACUGCAGUAAAUCUUCAGUCCGGAGCAGGAGAAGCAGUCCUAAAAGGAAGCAUAAUAGACACUGUUCAAGUCAUCAGUCACAUUCGAAGAGCCACCGAAGGAAAAGAUCCAGGAGUAUAGAGGAUGAUGAGGAGGGUCACCUGAUCUGUCAAAGUGGAGACGUUCUAAGAGCAAGAUAUGAAAUCGUGGACACUUUGGGUGAAGGGGCCUUUGGCAAAGUUGUAGAAUGCAUUGAUCAUGGCAUGGAUGGCAUACAUGUAGCAGUGAAAAUCGUUAAAAAUGUAGGUCGAUACCGUGAAGCAGCUCGUUCAGAAAUCCAAGUAUUGGAGCAUUUAAAUACUACUGACCCCAACAGUGUUUUCCGUUGCGUCCAGAUGCUAGAAUGGUUUGAUCACCAUGGUCAUGUUUGUAUUGUAUUUGAAUUGCUGGGACUUAGUACCUAUGAUUUCAUUAAAGAAAAUAGCUUUCUACCAUUUCAAAUUGACCACAUCAGGCAGAUGGCUUAUCAGAUCUGCCAAUCAAUAAAUUUUUUGCAUCAUAAUAAGUUAACUCAUACAGAUCUGAAGCCUGAAAAUAUUUUAUUUGUGAAGUCUGACUAUGUAGUCAAAUAUAAUUCUAAAAUGAAACGUGAUGAACGCACACUGAAAAACACGGAUAUCAAAGUUGUUGACUUUGGAAGUGCAACAUACGAUGAUGAACAUCAUAGUACUUUGGUAUCUACACGGCAUUACAGAGCUCCAGAGGUCAUUUUGGCUUUAGGUUGGUCUCAGCCUUGUGAUGUUUGGAGCAUAGGUUGCAUUCUUAUUGAAUAUUACCUUGGUUUCACGGUCUUUCAGACUCAUGACAGUAAAGAGCACCUGGCAAUGAUGGAAAGAAUAUUAGGACCUAUACCAACACACAUGAUUCAGAAAACAAGAAAACGCAAGUAUUUUCACCAUAACCAGCUAGAUUGGGAUGAACAUAGUUCUGCUGGUAGAUACGUUAGGAGACGCUGCAAACCAUUAAAGGAAUUUAUGCUUUGUCAUGAUGAAGAACACGAGAAACUGUUUGACCUGGUUCGAAGAAUGUUAGAGUAUGAUCCAGUGAAAAGAAUUACCUUAGACGAAGCAUUGCAGCAUCCCUUUUUUGACUUAUUAAAAAACAAAUGAAAUGGAAAUCAGUGGUCUUAACUGUAUACUUCUCUAGCAGAGAUUACUUAAGACUGUGUCUGUCAACUCUAAACAUUCUAAUAUUUUUGUAAGCAUUAAAUUAUUUUGUACAGUUAAGUGUAAAUACACUAUGUUUUGUAUCAAUAGCAUAAUUAUCUUGUUAAGCAAGUAUGGUCUUGAUAGUGAAUGAAAUAUAAAAGUUAAUUUUUCUUUUUGAGAUUAACAUUUUUAAAGACCUUUGACUAUCUUUUGUGUCCAGUGAUAAAUGUGAUUGAUCUUAUCUUUUAUACAUGGAGGCAGGCUUUUAAAGUUUUGUUUUGUGUGUGUGUGUUGUUGUUUUUUUUGAGUAAAAGGAAAUCUUGACUACUU